AAGAAGGGAGGAUACUGCCUACAAGAACCAAAGUGAAUGGAUGUUGUUAUAGUGUCGACUUGGGGAUGUAGAGCUCGCUCAGCACCCAGCGCCCAGAGUACCCCGAGUGGCCGAUUCAUUUAUCAGAUUCGCCUUACCUCAAGGAGCAAUUGCCAAUACCGAUAAAACGGCCGAGUUUUUUUCAGAUCGGAAAAUCCUAGCUCAUCCUUCUCCCCAUCUUACGAAGGCAAUAAGACCAUCAUGUCGUCGAGCAGCUGGACCCCCACGGACAUCCUUAUCCAUGAUCUUCAACUACAGAAGCAUCCUGAAGGCGGGUACUUCGCAGAAACCGAUCGUCAGGUUACCCAAGUGCUAUCACCAUUUUCCAGGAACGAACCUCGUCCUUUGGGAACCUCAAUAUACUAUCUACUCACCAAAGAUAGUCCAAGCGGUGUAAUCCAUAUGAACAAGUCUGUUACGUACCACAUUUUACACCAAGGUCGUGCAGAAUAUACUCUGAUAUACCCCACCAACCCGCCUACAAUUGAGAAACAUAUCAUCGGGACUAACGUCAGCGCUGGUGAGAGUCGCCAGCUUCUCGUUGGCACCGGGGUGUGGAAAAUGUCUCGUCUUUUACCGGAGGAUAUGGAUCAUGGCUGCUUGAUAACUGAAGUCGUUGUCCCAGGUUUCCACUGGGAGGAUCACCAGUUUCUAACAAAAGGGGGACUUCAUGAGUUGCUCGAAAAUGUGAAAGGGGAAGAGAAGGAGACAAUAAUGAAACAGUUGGAGAAGCAUGUAAAGGGUAGAGGAGCAUGAAUUUUGUUACUUCUCCCAUCCUUCAGAUAUAUCCUUACUUUACAAAAGUAAAUACGUCGAUUUAGAACCAUCUCCUCUCUCUCUGUAACAUCGUCGGUGCAGUAUGACCGUCCACUAAUACUCAUAGACCAUGGACAGUACAUCGUU